GUAAAUGUCGCUACUCCCACCUUUGUUUUCGCUACUAAAGACUCAGAAAGACACUAUGGUUUUAGAAGUGACAGACACGAGCAAAGAGGGACAUCUAUAGCCAGUGUAUUGCUGUUCUGAUCUCCGAAACAAUGGGGAAGAUUGAAUGGGCAAUGUGGGCCAAUGAGCAAGCCCUGGCGGCUGGUCUAAUUUACCUCACUGGUGGCAUUGUUGGGGUGGCUGGCCAGUUCAGAGGUUGGGAGUUCGCCGCUUUUGGAAUUGCAGCUGGGGCUUUUGUUUGUCUUUUGGAAUACCCCAGAAGUAAAAGGAAUAAGGGCACCAGUAUGGCAAGAACGGGCCAGUACUGUUUCACAGUUUGUGUGAAAGCCUUUGGACCCCUGACACGGAACUAUUAUGUCAGGGCAUUUGUCCAUGCUGCACUCUGUGUUCCUGGUGGCUUCAUGCUUGCCACUGUCUUGGGGUGUGUUUGUCUGGGAAUAGCAAGCCUCAUUUACCUAUCAGCAGCUAUCCAUGGGGAGCACUGGGAGCCCAUCCUGCCCAGGACUGAGUCUCGUGCACCAGUAGCAGAGAGUGUAAAGAAACCCCCUCAGAACCCUCCACCCCGACCACCUAUGGAGCUCCGCAGGAAAAGGAUGGAUGACCUGGAGGGUGCCGCGUACAUCAACCCCAUAGCUGUCACUGCUAAUGAAUUCUAACCAUCGUUGACCUGUCACCAAAGAGCUGCUAGGUUUGAUUCAAACUAACAGCAUUUACAAGGAAAUCCAGAAGUGAUUGAACUGUGCCUUACAUCAACAACACCCAACCCAGCGCUUCUGAUGGAGAGAAGUGAAGAGGUUGAUGACAUUGACAUGGCAUUCUGCGGAUGUAUGCAAUGCAUAUUGUCUAGUCUGGUUUAUUGUUCGCAUAGCAAAUAAUCACAAACACUUUCUAUUUUUUUUACUUACUCUAUCCAUUUAAAACCAUUUUAGAUACGUAUUUUCUGUACACUGUAAAAAUUACAUUUUAUUUGCUACCUAAUGCUUCUCAUGAGUUACAGUUAAAAUUGAAGUUGCAGUGGUAUGUAUAUGUUUUCCUCAUAUUUAGAAUGAAGAGGCAGUUUACUUGUGCAUUGCCAUCAGCUUUACUUGAUGACAUAACAGAUAGCAGUUGUAGGUUGUGGGAUCCUGCCGUCUGAUAUCAGGGUCAUGGAACACAUGCUCCAAGGAGCUUAAAAGAUAAUUUAUUUGAAUGGUCUGAUGUUACUGUUUUAGGUAUUCCAUUUGUACUGUGCGGUCAUUCUGUUUUGAUGGUGAAAAAAAAAGUGUUAUUAUGUUAACGCUUUUUGGGAAUAAAUCACCACCAGGUCCCA